AUGGCAGGUCAAAACGUUUAUUUCGAUAUUUCAAUCGACAAUAAUCCAGCUGGUCGCAUUACAUUCAAACUCUAUGAUGAUGUUGUACCAAAGACAGCAGCUAACUUUCGUGCAUUAUGUACUGGCGAAAAAGGUUUUGGAUAUCAAGGAAGUACAUUUCAUCGUGUAAUUCCUCAAUUUAUGCUUCAAGGUGGUGAUUUCACCAAACAUAAUGGUACUGGUGGCAAAAGUAUCUAUGGUGAAAAAUUUGCUGAUGAAAACUUCAAAAUUAAACAUACAAAAGAAGGUCUUUUAUCAAUGGCUAAUGCUGGUCCUAACACCAAUGGUUCUCAAUUUUUUGUUACUACUGUUAAAACAUCAUGGCUCGAUGGCAAACAUGUUGUCUUUGGUGAAGUUCUUGAUGGUAUGGAUCUUGUUAAGAAAAUUGAAGGCUAUGGAUCGCAAUCAGGUACUCCAAAGGCCAAGAUUGUUAUUACAAAGUGUGGCACGUUAUAA